UCAUCCUUCGUACAAUGCGAAAGGGGAAGUUGAAAGAAGUGGGAGAGGGACAUCGCGGAGCCUUAUGAAAUCUAACCUUACUGUUGCUGUCUGGGUAAUCGAGACACUGUGAAGAGACACUGAAGUGCCACAAAGACUGUCCUGGAGACACCGCUCACAUUAACUAGCUUCCUCUUUUUGGUAGAUAUUUUCUGCAGUUUCUCACAGUACGUCAGCCUCCAGAGGAAGAGACCGGGCAGUGUGACAUGGCAAGUAGAGCCGGAGCUACACGACCCAAUGGGCCAAACGCAGGCAACAAGAUCUGCCAGUUCAAACUUGUGCUUUUAGGAGAGUCGGCUGUGGGGAAAUCAAGUCUCGUACUUCGUUUCGUCAAGGGACAGUUUCACGAAUUCCAAGAGAGCACAAUCGGAGCUGCCUUCCUGACUCAGACGGUAUGUUUGGACGACACAACAGUCAAGUUUGAAAUCUGGGACACAGCUGGUCAGGAGCGCUACCACAGUCUGGCUCCCAUGUACUACAGAGGUGCCCAGGCAGCCAUUGUGGUGUAUGAUAUCACAAAUGAGGAGUCAUUUGUACGGGCGAAGAACUGGGUUAAAGAGCUUCAGAGACAAGCCAGUCCAAAUAUUGUAAUAGCUCUGGCUGGGAACAAGGCUGAUCUCGCAAACAAGAGAGCACUGGACUUCCAGGACGCACAGUCAUACGCAGAUGAUAACAGCUUGCUUUUUAUGGAAACAUCAGCAAAGACCUCUAUGAACGUCAAUGAGAUAUUCAUGGCCAUUGCAAAGAAGUUACCCAAGAACGAGCCCCAAGCAUCCGGAGGCAGCAGCAGGGGAAACCAGGGAGUGGACCUGACGGAGACGCCUCAGUCCACCAGCCGUCCCUGCUGCAGUAACUAACACAGCUCUUCCUCUUCAUCCCUCCCACACACAUCCUCCCUCCUCUCCUCCUUCCCAACUGAACAUCUGGACAUCGGGCUCCUCGGCUUCCUGACGUCAGACCAGACCGUCAACCUCACCCCCCCCCCCCCUCCUGGAAUAGCUAAAAGACUCUGUAUAGCUGCAUUUCUAAUACCUUUUAUUUUGUUGAUGUUCUUUUUUUUUUUUUUUUUAACUUUUUUUAAGAAGUGUAUAUCAGUAUAAUGGAUGCAUGUAUCACUACAACGCCUAAAAAAAACACAUUUUUAUCUCUUAUUAGUUGGAAGACUAACCCCCCGAUUUAGAAAGACGAGCGAGCGAGGAAACCUGUGAACGUGUGAUUGUGUCGUGCGUGAAUCUCCGAGUGUGAUCUGCGGAUGAGAAGGUGUAGCCUCAUUUGUCACUUCACAGGGAUGCGAGUGGUGUUGCCUGUAGUGCUCUUUGUGUGCGGGUUGUUAAGCUCACAAUCAGAAGAAAACCAAAUUGUUCCCAUCUCGAGACGCCUGGCUGCUCGGACUGUCUGUGUGUCUGUGAGGCAUCGAUGCGUUGACACGGUGCCAGGAAAGGACUGUUGUGCAAACCAAGAAUCCCUCCCUCCCUCACAUCUGUUACACAAGAGGACGUCUGCAUCCAAGAGUGGAAAGUGCGGAAAAUAAAUUUGGUACGGUCCAGUUUUUUAAAAAGUUGGAACACACAUAGAAAAAGUGAGAGUACUGUAAAGAAAACCCACCUUAUGUGCGACCAUCUGUAGAGCAAUACGAGCUUGUCAAGUAUGGAGGACCAAAUCUGCCACGAUAAAAAAUAAAUCAGUGACUCAGUAUAUAAAUAAAUUGGAAUAAUAAAGGUAUAUUCAGGACAAAAAAAUCUCAAUUAUCAAAUAAAUAUGCAGGCUUAUUUUGAAAAUAAAUAAAUAAAUAUGCACAGAAAUAUUUAUUUAUUUCUCUUUUUUUUCUUUUAAUUAUUCCUGUAUUUCAUUGACCAUGUGUCAAUUAAGGGGCGUGUCUUCAUGUCUCAACAGCCAUUGGUUAAUUAAAAU